CUCAUAUCAGCCAUAUCAUUGACUCACAUUCGACCGUCUCCAGGACUAUCCUGUCACCACAUCCUUCUCGCUGUACCGUCCCUCUACAAGGGGUGUCGAGUGUUCUCUUCUCACCAAGUGCCAAAUCUUGACGCAUCAUCACCACAGUACGAUCACCCUCAUCGUCCGCGUCAGCCCGCAAAGAUCCUCCACUCAAGGCAAGACGGACGUCGACCAGGACCCAUGACAAUAUCCUCUUGACCAAGCGCUCAAUGCAGCGCUCUCUGACCCUCUCUAUCCUUCCCCAACAUGUCAUUCAAAGUAUUAAUCCAUGACUACCCACACCGCACGUUGGCCUUGGCCACUGAAGAUCACGUCCUGGUCUUCCGACAUGCCCAUACACAGCCGGAGACGUCCUUGCGUAUUGGAAGCCAGACUAGCUUAUCCUCGGUCGGUGGUAGCCGUCACAAUCUAACUCCAAGAUGCAUGGUCGAAUUCUCUGAAAAGUCGGCCCUCGACCUGUCCCAUUUCCAUCCGGUUGCGUCCGCAAAGGGAACCCUUGGCGUCAUCACCCUCAACAACGAUGUCUUCUUGUGCGUUAUCACUGGCGCCGAAGAGGUCGCUACUGUCAGACCCGGCGAGACUGUUCAAAAGAUCUACUCUGUUGACUUUUAUUGUCUCAACCGCGCCGACUACGAUCAUGCCCAUGGUCCUUACCCAAAUCCCUACCCGGGUCAGACUUUUCAGUCUGAUGAUGUCGACUACGGUGGUGGCUAUGACCAGGCCGAUACCACCGCCGAACAUCCUUUCCACGCCCUAAGGAAGUUGCUCAGCGGCGGAAACUUUUAUUACAGCGUCGAUUUCGACUUGACGCGGCGCCUGCAGGACCGUGUUGGUGCUGAAUCCACCCUCGACAUUACCAGUCUAGACGAAGGUUUACUCUGGAACUCGUACAUGAUUAACCCCCUGUUGAAGUUCCGGAGCCGCCUUGCGGACCACGAACAAGUCGCUCUAGAUCACUCUCGCAUCCUCACCUCUGUCAUUCGUGGUUUUGUGAAGACCCUUCCUAUCCCAUCGUCGUCUUCCCCCAUCCGUGGAAGUGGCCAUGGGCUCCCCACCACCUUGACAGUGAUAUCCAGGCUUUCCUCACGCCGGGCAGGUACUCGUUUCAAUUCGAGAGGUAUUGACGACAACGGUAAUGUCGCAAAUUUCGUCGAGACCGAGACAGUGUUUUGGUCCCCUACCGGCCUCUGCUUUUCCUACACUCAAAUCCGCGGUAGUAUUCCCGUCUUUUGGGAGAGUUCCAGUAGUCUCAUCCCCGGACAACAAAAGAUUCAGAUUACCCGCUCCCCCGAGGCCACCCAGCCUAGUUUUGACAAACACUUUUCCAACCUUGAGAGGACCUACGGUGCUGUGCAUAUCGUCAAUCUACUGAGUGCCUUCAAGCCGGGUGAGGUCGAAUUGACCGAACGAUAUCGACAUCACAUUGCCAGGAGCCCUCUGCGACAAAGCCAGGAAGGUGAACUCGAAGAGCACCAUCUCAUGCGGGAAACAGAAUUCGAUUUUCAUGAGCGCACCAAAACCAUCGGCUACGAAGGGGCCAAGGCUAUAAAACCUUUCCUGGACGAUAGUGCAGAGUCAUUCGUCUACUUUCUCUCGGAAGAAAUCGUCGAUGAAACCGUCGUACAUGGAAAGACCGUCAAAGUUAGACGACCUGUCGUGGUAAUGCAACAAAACGGUGUGUUUCGUGUCAAUUGCCUUGAUUGCCUCGAUCGGACCAAUCUCAUCCAGGGCCUAAUCAGUCAGAUGGCCAUCGAGCUUUUCUUGUCUCACCGAGAUGAACGAGCCAAUUCGGAUUUCUGGAUGCGACAUUCUGCCCUCUGGGCGGACAACGGCGAUACAUUGUCAAAGAUCUACGCCGGCACAGGGGCCUUAAAAAGUUCCUUCACCCGACAUGGCAAGAUGAGUCUUGCAGGUGCCUUUGCUGAUGCCAGAAAAAGUGCCACUCGGCUCUAUGUCAAUCAUUUUGAAGAUAAAUCCAGGCAAAAUACAGUUGACCUGCUUCUAGGUAGACUGGUCGGACAGAGUAGCGUUGAUUUGUAUGACCCUGUCAAUGACUGGGUUGUAGCCGAGGUGAACCGGAGGAGGGCUGAGUUUGAGACGAGGGACCACAUCAAAAUCUUCAUGGGCACAUACAACCUUAACGGCAAGACGAGUGGGGCUGGAGAAGACCUUAGUCAGUGGCUAGACGUCCAUGGGAAAGGCUUUGACGUUGUAACAGUGGGAUUUCAAGAAAUUGUGGAACUCAGCCCUCAACAGAUCAUGAGCACCGACCCAAACCGGCGAAUGCUCUGGGAAACCGCCGUCAGAAACUGUCUCAACGGCGCUGUGCUGAGUGAAAAGAGUGACGAGCUUUCUAUCGAAGGAGAUCAAUAUGUCCUCCUGAGAAGCGGACAACUUGUUGGCGCGGCGCUCUUGAUUUUUGUCCGUUCCAGUCUUCUCGGACGCAUCAAAAAUGUCGAGGGUGCCAUCAAGAAAACCGGGAUGAGCGGUAUCGCUGGCAACAAAGGGGCCGUUGCCAUUCGAAUGGACAUUGAGAGUACAUCUGUGUGCUUCGUUACAGCCCACUUGGCCGCGGGGUUUGGAAAUUACGAGGAAAGAAACCGAGACUACAACACAAUCACAUCGGGACUCAGGUUUCAACGGAACAGAGGGAUCGAGGACCAUGAAAUCGUGGUUUGGGCUGGAGAUUUCAAUUAUCGCAUCGGUCUCGGAUAUGACAAGACAAAGGCGAUUGUCAACGAGGCCAUUAUUGGAAACGAAAGGAUUAGAGAGGAAGCAUUGGGAAAACUCUACGAAAAUGAUCAACUCAACAUCCAGAUGGUGGCUGGAAACUGCUUCAACUUCUACCGAGAGGGCAGAGUUCGGUUUCUGCCUACAUAUAAAUACGACAUUGGAAGGGAUGACUUCGACUCGAGUGACAAACAACGCAUUCCCGCUUGGACUGACAGAGUGCUUUGGAAGGUCAAUCACAACAGUACCCAGCUUGGGGAGGAUCUCGGCUCCAAGAUGAAGCAGCUGGACUACAACAGUGUCAUGUCAUUGAAAUUUAGCGACCAUCGGCCAGUGUUUGCCACGUUCGAGAUGGGAGUGCGUGUGAUAGAUGAGGCAACGAAGGAAGCUCUCAUCAAGAAGCUUUAUACCAAAAAGGCACGGGAUAUCAAGCUCAAAGGCACGGAAUCGACCGAGGACUUUUCUGACCUUGGUUCAGAGGAAGAUGAGACGGAAAGUGUCAUGGGAUACGAAAGUAUCCAAGAAGGGCUCCCUCCUGCCAGUAGCGACAAACGCAAGUGGUGGCUCGAUGGAAACAAAGGCGCUAGAAGUGUGAUUCGACCGCCACAAGAAAACAUGGCUUUGAACAAGCACCGCGAGGCAAACCCGUGGAAAGACUCGAGCGAAGACGAUUGGGUGGAAGUUAAAAGACCUCUCGGUAGCAAUGGAGACCAAGCAAACGCGAGCACCAGCCGUACUCAGAGUCGAGCUUCAACACGCAAGCCUCUUCCACCGCCGGCGAGAAGAAGGAUGGUUCCACCAGCCUGGGACGGAGAGCGCAUGGCCAAUCCUACCGAGAUCAAACCCUACGGCCGGUCUGUUUCUUCAGCGCCUCAUGCUUCUUCUGGAUCACGAAGUCGUGCCGAUUCAUCACCAUUACGAAAUACAAAUAUAUCUCCUACAGCAGCAUCUUCUUCUCUCCCACCACCACGAAUGCCGGAACGGUCAUCAUCUUCCGCAACAAUCACGAGAAAAGCGCCUCCGCCUAAACCUGCGAAACCUAUGACCUUGACGACCUCGGCGAGCCAGGUGGCCGUACCCAAUGUCUCACUUCUUCCAGGACCAGUCAUCUCACCACUCGCCCCGAUUUCCAGAUCAGACGUCAGUGUUUCACAGGACCAUCCGAGUCCCAGACAGCAAUACGGCGGUGGCACAGACGGUGCGAUGGACAGCAACGAUGACGCGCCGCCACCACCGUUGCCCCGCCGCACAGGAACCGCGAGCUCAACAGCAUCUUCGUACGUUUCAGCGCAAGGAUCGCUCUCGCACAGUAACUCCAUAUCUCACUCGACACAUCAUUCAUUCGCAUCAAGUGUCAGCGGCAGUCUCGCCAACAGGACUCGGACACCUAGCACUUCCACUCCACCGCCUUCGCUCACUCGAAUCACGCAGCUGCAAAAAGACGGCGGGGUAGGCAAAAAUUCUGGCGAAAGUCCUCCAGGGCCACCAUUGCCACCGAGACGCGACACGAAUGGUGCGAUGUCUGUGCAUGGGCAGUCUCGAAGUGCUACUCCUGUGGGAACUAGCGCUGGGACGAGAACGCGUGAUUUGAUGAUGGAUGAUGAUGUGGGUAGCAGCAGUGACGUUGGUGCUAGUCACAGUGUCGACACGCAAGGUCGAUCGACGACGGGGAGUGCGUUGGACAAGUAUAAGCCGCUGUUGCCCAGUUAAGUUGGAUGGUUCCGCAUGCAGAUCGGUUUGCGCAUGGAGGGUUGAGUUUGCUCUUGGUUCGUGGGGAGACCACCAUGACGUUGUUUGAGAACAUGCUCCUCGAUGGGCCGAGGCGGCUACUGUAUCAGUCCCGCACCAAUUAUAUAGUCUCCUGUGAUGGCUGUGAGACGAGAGGUGGAUGAUAGAUAUGAUAGAUUUGGCAUUGUCACAGAGCUCCCACCCGCUGAUUGUCAUGUUUUUG